AUGAGAGGUCUGCCUGCAAGUUCCGGCGGAUGCCGCCAGCCUUCAGCUGCCGCAGACCCAGGAUCGCAUGCGCAUCGCCCACGUCCCCGUGAAAUCGACUUCGGACUCUGGACUUUGGCAGUUUCUGCAAGGGAAGCCCAAGCCCGUGGCGACUUGGAGCUGCGUGUCGACCUGUCGAAGCUGAUUGCUUGCUUGCCGGAAGGCGGCUCGGAUGAGGUGGUUGCCGAGGUGCAGACAGAUCCGUUGCCAGCUGGACAAGGCAUUACUUUGUUGGCAACCCUCACGCCUUUCUGCUGGAGCUCGAGUCAUGGUGAGGAUAUGUUGCCGGGUCGUCCACGAGAUGCAGACGUCUGGGCUUCAGGGGCACGGCUCCUCGCUGUGGGUCUCAGGCUCUGGCGGUUGUCCAUCGAGAUUCGCUCCAUCAGGCUUACUGCGCGGGAUGCCAAGGUGUAUGUCACCUAUUCCUACCCGCCCCUGCGCCAGCCGAGAGCUUUCCGGACAAAUCCGCCGGCGCCAGCACGAAAGAAGGUAACACUGAACCUGCCGCACUCUUUCGCUGCGCACACCUUAACGGCGAGCUUCGACGAACUCCAGGUGCUUCUCGAGGAGCCACUGAUUGCAGAGGCCGAGAACGGGAAGGACUUGGGCUACCGUCGGUUCCUUGGCGGCCUUGGCAGAAUGUCAGAUCAAGAUCAGGAAGAGGAAACGGAGUUCAUUGAGGAUGUGGGUGAUGAGGAGACGAAUGAGCAGGCGGGUGAGGAGGAAUCCGAAGGGUCCGACACCAACUCGGAGGUGAUAGAGGUCGAAGCGGAUGCCGCUCUGGAAAAGUACGAGGUUGUCUACGAUCAAAGCAUUGACAAGGUUUCUUUUCCAGUCGAAGUGGUUGAGGAGGUUCAGAGCACGUGGGACGCUUUCUUGCAUCAUGCAGGUUCGCCAGAAGCCGCGGGCGAGAUCAUCUUUAAUUCCUGGUGGGAGGCAGCUCCAUCCCUCCAUGCUUAUUUUGUUUCACCUCGAGCCGUCUUGUUCCUCCGCAUCGUGCAAGGAAUUAGUCCUGUGGUCGCAGCUAUGGGAAACCCUGCGCAGUUGAAGAAUGAGGUCGAACAGAUCGCCUUUCGGCAUCUGGACCGACCAGUAAAACCGGCUGCUGUCGACAUUGUGCGGGAAGCCAUGUUGGACAUGUGGGAGCAGGAGUUGGGCCCAAAUAUCUUCAACACAAGGGCUCGCAAGGGAUGGCAGUGCCUCUUGAACUACAUGGGUGGCGCCUACUGCUUCGUAGGCCGGGAGUACGCCUCUCGUGUUCGAAUUAUCCAGAGGAGUUGGCGGACUGCCACAUCCAAAGCUGCAGAGGAUUUGGAAGAGGGCGAGAUAGAACUCCUUGAAACCGAGGAGGUUGAGAACAAUAUCAAGGUGGAGGAAGUCAAGGAAGACGAGGAUUCGCCGAAAGAGCAUCGGCAAAGGGACAUGGACGAGGAGUCUGACCUUGGUGGCAAAGCCGCAGGGAAAGAAGUGAAGGUACCAAACACCUUCAAAGACAUGUUUUUGUUCAAUGCAGCUGUCAUGGGUUUUGGCACCAGCAACUGGAUGAGCCUGAUUCUGGAGCAGUUCGAUGCCAUCGUGAUGAAUGUGGCGAACUCGUACCGUUUGAGCGAGGAGUGCGACGUCCUUACCUUGGUCCUUUCGAAGUACGAGGGCGCGAUCCUUCUGAACGAAUACCGUUCGGUGAUGCUGGCCACCCUGCGUUCACUCGCACCCAAGGAGUGGGACAGUGACCAUGAGGUGGCGUGGGGCUGGUUGUGGGAGAACGUGGAGAAGAUUCUCAAGGGCCAGCUGGGGAAGCCCAAGACCCAGGAGAAGGCGCUAGAGCGCUUCAUUAGCAACCUGUCCCAAGACAUGGUUGACUAUUUCCGCAAAGAGCUCUACAAGCGCUUCUUCCAGAAUGCACCCUCAGGCCAAGAUCACUUCAAGCAGUCCACUACGCGGCUGUACUUUCUGGCCGACCGCAUGGUGGAAACUACUAUGGACAUGUUCCGCCAGCCGCGGAAGAUGGUGCAGGAGAUCUCGGGUUUGGGACUGCGGCACGUUGGCUACGGCAUCCCGACGGAGCUCUUUGGGCCGUACGUGUCGGCUGGAGUGGAUGUCGUUCGCUCCAUGACGACCGACGAGAAUGCCCUGUCCGGUUUUCGGUGGUCCCUGACGCUCGUGUCCAAGAUUCUGGUGCGGGCGGUAAGUGAGGGUGCAACCCUCGUUAUGAGAGCCAUCAACACCAACCAGGAGCUGGCCUUGAGGAAGGCCAUUUCCAUCGCUCCGAGAGGGAAGCGAGCUACAGAGCUCUUGAACAUCUCAGUAGGCACUCAGUCCAUCUCUCCGCUCUUUUGGGCCAUCGAGAGUGGUGCGCUAAACAGUGCGCGAGCAAUGAUCGUCGACUUGCUGACCAUUCGUGCAGACAGGGACGUCUACUACUAUGGUUAUGACGACCUUUUCACAAGGCAUCCAGACAUUAUCCAGCGUUUGUGCAAAGACGCGCCAACGUUGUUGUGGACUUUGUUGGACGGCCUAAUCUGGCGAUCUCGACUCACCUACCAGGGCCUGCGCCGCGUGAACUACUACGUGAAGCAUUUAGUGCAAGACCUGGACGGAAACAGCAACCAGGCUCUUGAGUGGUUGGCCGAGCAUAAGGAUCCCAAGAUAAUUGUCCACCCAGUCGUGGUACUCUUUGCGGAUCUGAUCUGGAAUCGGCUUGCCAUGUACCACUUCUUGCUUGGAAGAUGCUACUUCCUCUUUGCCUUAUGCGUUUUCGUCACCAGCCAAGCGCUCCUCUUCCGGCAUGAUGGGACAGAGGCGCUUGAGGAGAACAUAGCUCGUUUCGUUUGCAGGUGCUUCCUGUACUUCGGGAGCUUGACCAAGUUGUUCUACAACCAAUGCAAGCUCUUCUACUCCGACAUGAAGACUAGAAAUCUGAUGUGGUUUUACCUAUGUCCGGUUCCGAAAUACUUGAGCAGUCCUCAGCAUGCAGGAAACCUGUUGUUGGUGAUCUUGCUGAUUCUGAUGUACAUCGAGGAGCCCAUUCUUUGGUGUGGAAUCUUCACCACCGACAAUCCUGUGGGGCUUUUGUUCACCAACAACUGCGAGGCAUCAGAGCCAAUUAAGGAUCUCUAUUCCAUCUUCUCUUGCUUUGCAAUGCUCCUGUAUUGGGUUUUGUUGAUGGACUUCACACUCUUUUCCAUGAAAAUUUCGGCCUUCGUGCUCGUCUGUGGCCACGUGCUUGCGGAUGUAGGCCUCUUCGUGCUCGCCAUUGUGUUCUUGGUCUUGGCCUUCGCCACAGCGAUAAGCUCCUUGAACCAUGGGCUUGAAAACUUCACUGGCAUCGACCCUUGGUUAGUCAGUCUGGUGCAGAUGACCCUCGGGAUGUUCCCUGCAAGAAGCUACGACGACUUCCAGUCAGAGGUUGCUGUACUCACAGCCGUGUCCGUCUUCGUGGCGGUGGUCAGCAUUUUCCUUCUUAAUCUUCUCAUCGCCCAGCUCAAUCAAUCAUACCAUGACGUUUUCGAAGACAUGCAAGGCUUCGCGAGGCUGAACCGUGCCGGUGUCAUCGCCGCAACACUGGAACAGGUACCCAGGAAGAACUGGAUGAGGUUCCGGGAAGGUCUUCAGUUCGAAGAGCGCCUGGAGUUCAACGAGGGGGACGUGGGCCUAGCAGGUGGGAUUCAGGUGACGGAGGCUGCGAAUAUCAACCCGCUCACAGAGGACACCAUCCGACGCUAUGGCGGUUCUACGGCCCCCACCAUGCCAUGGCCACAAGAGCACACCGAGGACACUCAAGAGGAGGACAAGUUCGAGAGAUUGGAGAAGCUGGUCCUCCGUUCCAGCAAGAGGAGGAAAGGCGGAGCCAGCAGCGAGCAUUCCGGCUCCUCCUUUGCAGGCGCCUACCGAUCUGCAUCCGCUCGCUUGAGCCUAAUUUGCGAAAGCCCGCACUCGGGCCACGUGCUGAACCAGCCACUGCAGUACUCGGCCAACCUUCCCUCCAUGGUGGAGGGCUUUCGCGUCGUGGACCAGGCCUGUCCGAUCCUCGAUGAGGACGGCUCCCAGGCUGGCGUUCUCAGACUCCUCGUUUUCCUGGAGGAUUUGGGUGCGGCCAAGGCGGCCAAAUCCGAGGACGCUCCCAAGCGCGAGGUUGCUGCCCCAGAGACAGUCUCCGUAAGACGGGGCAACGAGGCGCAUCAGGCAGAUGCCGCCAAAGCUUCUGGCCUUCCUACGACAGAGGCCAGCAAUCAGAAGUCCGUGCUGGAAAGUGCCUUCGGACUGGAGCUCUGGCGGCAAACGGAGGAGGAAAAGUUCCGGGCGUACUUGGCAGAGCAGGAAGCCGACCUGAAAGCCCGCCUGGAGGAGGAGUAUCGACAGCGGGAGGAGGUGCGAGCCGCCGAAUUUGCCCAGCGGCAGGCCAAGAUCCAGCACGUCGAAGCCACGGUAAGGAGGAAGCUUCAGGAGCUUCAGCAAAAAGAGCUCUCCAUCACGUCGGAGGAAGCACGUGUGGGUAGCCUGCAGCUCAAGGCCCAGCGAGACACCGAGAUGGCAGUGGCGCAGCGAGAGGAUGUGGCCAAGCAGGAGAUGUCCGAGCUUUCGCACAGCUUGGAACUGUCCCGCGCACGGAGUCAGUUCUUGGAGGAGCAGGUGGCAGGAAUGGAGGCCCAGCUCUCCACUGCUUCGACGAAACUCCGGAGCCUGGAAGAGGCCAAAAGCGAGCGCGACGCGGAACUGCGAGCCAUGAUGGCGCCAUCGCCGGAGCUGAAAGAGGAGUUGCAAGAACUGCGCUUGCGCCUCCGAGAGCAGGAGAUCCGAGGGGAGGCCAUCGCCGCUUCUCGAGACCACUUCAAGAACAAGGUUCAGGAGCUUUGUGGUCGCCUUCUUGGCUCGGGCCCUGUGCAGAACACCCGGACCCAGGAGACCGCCCUGACGGCUCUUGGUGUACUCGGAUCAUCUUCGGCUGGGGAUGUGACCAACAGCAUCACUGAAGCCCUGCGCAAGGUCCGGCAUGAGCUGGCAAACUUGGCGUCUCACUGGGACCGGGCUGAGCCCGAGCAGACGCGAGAAGAGCCGGAGAGGAGGCCCACGGCGGGUCCAGUGCCGCAGACCUCACAGGAUUCUGAAAAAGCAGAGCGUCACCUCGCUUGGCUCCGCACGCAGCGGCGUCAGCUACUCGACAGCGGCGUCUACGGAAGCAGCGACGCUGUGGUACUGGCGCUGGAUGUGAAGAUAGCGCAGGCCGAGGCCCAGAUCACUUGA